AUGGCCGUCAAGGGGACUAUCCUCGUCACAGGGGCAAAUGGUGGCCUGGGCAGUGCCAUAGCAGAGCAAAUCGCCUCGAAAGCCGAGCUUUCCACCUACCACGGGCUCUACACCGUCCGAGACACGGCUCACGCGCCGGCCCUUACAUCCGCCCUUGAACACGGCACCGCACACUCGCACGAUCUCCUAGCCCUCGAUUUGACGAAGCUCGAUAAAGUUCGAAGUGCCGCAGAGGAUGUCAACAAACGAGUUUCCACAGGCGAAAUCCCGCCGAUUCGCGCCCUUAUCCUAAAUGCCGGCUUCCAAGACUUCGGCAAGCAGUCAUGGACGGACGAUGGGCUUGAUACUACCUUUGCCGCAAACUAUCUCGGCCAUUGGCUCCUCACCCUUCUCUUGCUGAAAAGCAUGGACAAGGAGGCCGGGCGAAUUAUCGUGAUUGGAAGCCAGGGUCACGAUACCAACGACCCCCGAAACGCACGCACCAGAGCCUUCGUAGACCAAAAAUACAAGACCAUCGUCUCCGACGCCGCCGGCUUCGACGCCAUCGCCAGGGGCACCUGGAGCCCCGCGACCGAGGACGCGGGCUUCCGCGGCGGGUUCCGCCGGUACGCCGCCUCGAAGCUCUUCCUGGUCAUGAUGCAGCACGAGCUGCAGGCGCGGUUGGACGCGGACGUCAACGCCGCCGCGCUGGGCGGGCGGAUCUGCGUCCUCGGCGUCGACCCGGGCACCAUGUCCAGCGGGAUGCAGCGGCUCGCGCCGUGGCUGAUCCGCGUGCUGCUCUUCCAACUCAUCUACCCGCUCGUUCUCUACUUCAACCCGGACAGUGGUGCCGUGAGGACGCCGCGACGUUCCGCGGGCGAUGUCCUGGAGGCCGCGUUCGGGGUUGGUGAGAGAGGCGAGCUGCCUAAGGAUCAGUAUUUUGAUGGGAGGACGCUUGUGGAGACGGGCGAGGAGUCGAGGGAUGCUGUGAAGCGAGCGCUGAGUGAGGUUGUGGUGGUUGGUCAGGUCGAUCCGGCGCUUGUCACGGAUGACAACGCGCGGGGUCUCCUCGUCCUGCGGUCCGCGGAGGUCGUCGCCACCGUCACGGUCCCCUCGCACGUUCCAACGGCGCCGGGAAGGUCGCCCGGGGAGCGCCCGGCCGGCCGCGGGUUGACGGCGACCGGCGGCUACUCACGGCGGAUUGCGAGUCUGAUAAUGCACUGA